CUCGAGGGUGGCUUUGGUAGCCCAGGCCUCUAGCCGCUGCCCAGGUCAAAGGGCGGGAUCCCCUUCCCCAAAACACUACUGAUGCCUGCCUUUUGCCCCCAGGCCUCUCCGGGGCACAGGGCGGGCUUCUUGGAGGCUGGGGGUGGUCAAGAACGCAGCCGGGCAGCCCCGGCGCUGCGAGUGCUUGCUCAGGGCGAGGGGUGGCUUGAGCGCACUCCGCUGUUGCCUCCGGGGGCAGGGGAGUGCUGGAUGGUUGUCCAUUGCUGACUCAGAGCACGGCAUCCUUUCCUUUGCUUUCCAGAAAUCUGCAAAGUCUGGGCUGGCGCAUCUAGGUACAUCCGGCGACAGCUCUUGCAGAAGAGGGCGGUGGAGAUCGGCGUUGGGACAUUUGCACUUGUCCCAGCGCGUGCCACGGUGGGAGAGGACACGGCUUUGCCCGUUGAGAGACCCGUGUUCCGGCCGUGCAGGUUUCUGAAGAAAUUUUACAAGCUCAAGUGUGCAAAGGCCAAAAUUCCUGACGAGACGCCGUUCGUUCAGCUGGACUUUGAGCAGAUUGCCGCCGAGAUCCACUUCCGCCGAGAAAUCGUGGAGCGGUGCAUACACGAGACCCUGCUUUUCUUCGCUGGGGCCCUCCGAGACAACAAGGAGGUGGAAUUCUCCUUCAAGGGCAUUGGCAUCCUUGCCGUGCGAAGAAAAGUGGUCAGCAUGACCUUCUUGGAUGACUGCCUGCUGGAGCUGGACGGCACGGGCAACAUGCUGGCAGCUCUUCUCGGGGACUCCAAGAUGAUGCGUACCGUGGCCUUCGCGGGCAAAAACGAUUUUAGUCGGCUCAGUCGAGACGAGGUCAUCACGCUGCCAAGGCUUGCAGUUGAGACCCCCCACCAACCGUCGGCCCCUGCGAUUUCUCUGAAGCCCAGGAGAGAGCCGGCGCCUUGGGGCGGGGGUGCCCGCAGAGUGAGCGUGCUGGACCCGGUGUUCCUGGCUCAGCGGAGGGUUUCUCUAGCCAGGCAGCGGGCGAAGGAAGGCGAGCGGGCGAAGGAAGGCGAGCGGGCGAAAGCCAAGGAAGCUGGCCAGGCCAGAGUCCUGCCAGUAAUCCGGGAGAAGUCCCACGAGGAGCUGAAGCAGCCCAGACCUCCAGCUCAGCCGCGGUUGCAGCUCCCUGCGUGUGUUCCGCAGCCUUCGGGAACGGGAACGGGCUCGCUCCGUGCCGAGAGGGCAGAAAAACGGCUCCGGCUGCUGAUGGCAUCCAAGCGCCGAGAGGUGGAAGCGGACGUGUGGCGCCAAUACCAUGCCAACAGAGCGGGGCGGAACACGGAGCGAGGCCAGAGCCCCUGCCGCCACGUGUUUGAGGAUCCCUAUCGCCCUCCCCACCUCCUGAGAAAGGCCUAUGCCGAGAAGCUGAAGGAGGGGCUGCAGGAGAAGGAGAGAUGCCAAAGCGCUGCAAGGCAGAGAGCGUCAGAGGGGCCGGCAGAGCUGCACCUCCCGGGGAGAGCGUGGGCAGACAAGGGGGAGAAGACGAGGCUGUUGGAGCGGCGUGGGAAGGCCCAGGGACUGCCAGCCACGCCACGAAGCUGAGAGCAGCCCCGGAGAGUCCAGCGGCAGGGACCUUGGCCCUCACGGUGGCCACCCAUCUCAGCGGGAGAGCCGUCAGCAGCGGGUGGCAGGGCCUUUGCAAAGGGGAACGUGCCAAAUAAAGGCUGCUGGCGCCUGUGCCCAGCUGGAGUGACCGUGCUGCUCUCCGCACUGCCUUUCUCUGCGGCCAAGGGGACAGGAGGGGCCCUGCAGCCCCCUGGUCGGAGGGUGUUU